AUGAAUCGGCCGACCCGCGACUCAGGCUCUCGCGACCACGUCGCCCCCGUGGGCGACCGGCCGCGCUCCGGUCCUUCCUCCGCCAGCUAUCCCUCACUCCCCCCCUCCCCGCCGCCACCGCCAGGCCUGGCCCGGGCGACGCUGGCGGCAGCGGCCCCUGGCCAUUCCCCUCUCGGUUGCUCUCCGGCGUGGGGCGGAGGGCGCCGGGGGGUGCUCCCUAGGCGGCGGCGGUCCGGCGUGGCAGCGGGGCUUCCUGGCGCGGCGUGGGAGAUCGGCUGGACGGAGGCGUCACCGUUGGCGGUGGGGUGGCACGGCCAGGCGGCGCCCGCUCGGCCCAGAUCUGGGCCCUUCGGGCCCCAUCUGGGUCUGGGCGGGCCGACGGCGGGGCGGCUCGGCGGUGUGGCUUCCAGGAGGCAGGGGAGCGGCGAUGGGCGUUGGGGUGCUGACGGUGCUGGCGCUGCCCUGCUACAUCGUGGCCGGUGGGGUUUAGCCGGGCCAGGGGUGGCCUGGUAUGGCCUGCUGCUGCGUCCGGACAGCGACCGCGACGGUGCCGGAGGCACGGGCCUCCUGCACAACGGCGGUGGAGGUGGUUCCCUCCCGCGCGGCUACGGCGCUGCUGCUCCCGUCGACCAACGCCUCCUCUCCUCGUUCUCUUGUCCUCGUGGUGGUGAUCUCAGUGAGGCAGCGUGGGUGGCGUUGCGACCGCGGUGGCGCAUGCUGGUGGACGGCAAGUUGGCUGGCAUGUACAGGCACAACCAUGAGUCAUAG